AGCUGUUCAUCUCGGCAACAUGCGAUCUUCGGCGGUGACGUCGCGGCAGGAUGGGGCGGGCUGAGCGGGCUGGCGCCGGGAGAUUCGAUCCCUGACCCACCGCGGUCCUGAAUGCAUCAACACUCCUGAAGUAAACCCGUUAAAGAACCACCAGAACCAGACCCGUUUGAGUUGUGUCUCCGCCGUGGAGCCAUGUUGGUACCGUGUGUGUUCUCCCACUGCUAACCCGUCACUUCCAUUCAGAUGGAGGCCAUGGAGGUAGACUCCCCUGGCGAGAUGCAGGGAAGAGGCAGCAGACAGCCGGCGGCCGCUGCUGCAGCUGCGGACGCCAACGCCCCACACGUCAUCUCAGACUCCGGCAGCAGCACCGAGCUGGACGAGGACGACGAUGAAGACAAUGAAGGAAGACGGACGGCGGCUCGUGCACCGUCCAGGCUUCCUGCCACCUGGGCGUUCAGUCAGAGAGCGGUGGGCAGCUCUGCAGCCUCGUAUUCAACAGCUCAGGGGGCUCCCAUACGGAGGAGACUCAGGCAGGGCCUCAGGGUGCACUACCCCAGCCAGACUGCAGCGCCCUCCAGAGGCUUCCCAGACUUCCUGCUCCGAGCGCCGGCAGCCAGCGUGGCUGAGCCGGGGUCUGGCAGCACCACCGAGGUCAGCGAGUCUGAAGAGGAGGAGGAAGAGGAGCGGGGAGAUCAAGAAGGCACGCCUGCGGCUCCAGAGCCUGUCGUCCACGUGCCGCCCACCGGUCCUCGCCUCAGCGCCUCCGCCCAACACACGCAACCACAGGAAGCCGGUGCAACCAACUCCAGUUCAGCUGCAGAUGGUGAGAGGACAGACGCUAAGAACCAGAACGUCCAGGAAUUUGAUGGUAACGGCCUCGUGGCCUCGGCUUCUAUCCAGCCGCCGCACGCCGAAGAGGGCGAAGGCGACAUCUGCUCCAUCUGCUUCGAGGCGUGGACAACGGCCGGCGAGCACCGACUCUCCGCUCUGCGCUGCGGACACCUCUUUGGCUUCACCUGCAUCCAGCGCUGGCUGAAGGCUCAGGGCCCGUCUGCUAAAUGUCCACAGUGCAACAAGAAAGCGAAGCGUUCAGACAUCGUUCUGCUUUACGCUCCGAAGCUGAGAGCGCUGGACAACUCUGAGCAGGAGAGCUUAAAGAAGUCUCUGGAGCAGGAGCAGUCUCUGAGGAGGAAGGCUGAACUGGAAUCAGCUCAGUACAAACUGAAGCUGCAGGUCGUCACCAACAAAUAUGGACAAGCACAACAAGAGCUGCAGGAGCUGAGGGCUCUGAUGGCGCACGCUGGUCGAAGCUCAGUCCCCUCUUCCUCCUCGUCCUCCUCGGCGUCGACCUCGCUCCUCCUCGGUCUGUCUCAGAGGGCGGACGGCUCCAGGACGGCCCAGUACAGUUUCUCCAAGGCGGUGCUGGUGUCUCAGGCCGGGGGCUCCAGAGUCUUGUCGUACUGUGAACCUCUGAGCUGCCUGCUGGCCUCGCAGCCCUCCCCUCACUCCACGCUGGUGCCUGGCUGUGGGGUGAAGAAGGUGAGCGUGGUCAACAUGAAGGCGAGUCAGUACGUUCCCAUCCACAGUAAACAGAUCCGAGGUCUGUCCUUCAACAGACAGAAUGACAGCCUGCUGCUGUCUGCGGCUCUGGACAACACCAUCAAACUGACCAGUCUGCUGACCAACACCGUGGUUCAGACCUAUAACGCAGGUAAACCCGUGUGGAGCUGCUGCUGGUGUUUGGACAACAGUAACUACGUCUACGCAGGUCUGAGCAACGGCUCCGUGCUCGUCUACGACACCAGAGACACCAGCACUCACGUCCAGGAGCUGCAGCCGCUGCGCUCCAGGUGUCCGGUGGCGUCUCUGUGCUACGUCCCGCGGGCGGCCUCCAGCUCGUUCCCCUGCGGCGGGCUGAUCGCCGGCUCUCUGGAGGGCGGCUGUUUCUGGGAGCAGGUCAACGAGACCACAUACAGACCGCACGCCCUGCCGCUGGAGACCGCCGGCUGCACCGACAUCCAGGUGGAGACGGAGAGCCGUCACUGUCUGGUCACCUACAGGCCAGGACGCUCCAACCCGUCUCUGCGCUGCGUCCUGAUGUCUCUGAACAGGACGCCUCAGCAGGACUCGAGUCAGCUGCCCAGCUGCUCCUGCUCUCCCGUGCAGACGUUCAACGCCGGCUCGUCCUGCAAACUGCUCACCAAGAACGCCGUUUUCAAGAGUCCAGACGGUGGAGGGGCGCUGGUCUGCGCUGGGGACGAGGCCUCCAACUCAACCAUGGUGUGGGAUGCAGGCAGCGGCUCUCUGCUCCAGAAGCUUCCUGCCGACCUCCCGGUGUUGGACAUCAGCCCGUUCUCGGUGAACGGGGAGCACUUCCUGGCCUCGCUCACUGAGAAGAUGCUGAAGCUCUACAGGUGGGAGUGAACAGGAAGGAGCUGUUUCUCUCACAGCGAGCGCGUGGAGAGGACGCAGUCCGGGCGGAACUGUGAAGCAGAUGCUGCUCAACUUCUAUCUGUUCAGACACGGAGAGAAACUGAUGUCUGGGAGCGAUCGACCCGAGGAAACAUUUCAACGUUUAUAGUUUCUCCCUUUUUCUUAUUUCAACAUUACACGUUACUGCACGUGUGGUGACCUUUGACCUGCACAGAAAGCCAGGUGUUGGAGUCAGGUGUGUGAUGACUGGACAGAGUGAGGAAUGGGUCUCCUAAAGAAAGUCAUAAGAUGCUCUUCUUCUUCUUCUUCUUCUUCUUCUUCUUCUUCUUCUUCUUCUUCUUCUUCUUCUUCUUCUUCUUCUUCUUCUUCUUCUUCUUCUUCUCCUCAGCUGCUAAAGAAGUCGGCGUGUU